AGCCCCAGACCCGCCGGCUUCGCCCCCAGGGCCCAGCGCUCGAGCAGCCUCACCCGGCCCGCCCGAGGGGCGCCGGCGGAAGGGACCAUGAAAGUGAGGUCGGUGGGCGGCGACGGAGAUGCGCUGUGCGUCACAGAAGAGGAGCUGGCUGGGGACGACGAGGACAUGCCAUCCUUCCCGGGCACACAGCAGGGCCGGCUCGGGCCUCGCUGCAGCCGCUGCCAGAGGAACCUGUCUCUGCACACGUCCGUGCGGAUCCUUUACCUCUUCCUGGCCCUGCUCCUGGUGGCCGUGGCCGUGCUGGCCUCUCUGGUUUUUAGGAAAGUGGACUCUCUCUCUGAAGACAUCUCCCUGGCCCAAGCCAUUUAUGACAAGAAGCUUGUGUCUAUGCAAGAAAAUCUCCAAGGCUUGGAUCUGAAAGCUCCCAACAACUGCUCUUUCUGCCACGAGGCGGGGCAGCUGGGGCAGGAGAUCAGACGACUGCAGGAGGAGCUGGAGGGGAUCCAGAAGAUGCUUCUGGCCCAGGAGGUGCAGCUGGACCAGACGUCCCAGACCCACGAGCUGCUGUCCUCCACCAGCAGCCAGAUCUCCCAGGAGAUGGGCGGCUGCUCCUUCUCCAUCCACCAGGUCAACCAGUCUCUGGGGUUCUUCCUGACCCAGGUGAGAGGCUGGCAGGCCACCACAUCCGGCCUGGACCUCUCUCUGAAGGACCUCACCCAGGAGUGCUAUGACGUCAAGACUGCCCUGCAGCAGAUCAACUUCACCACGGGGCAGACUUCUGAGUGGAUUCACGGGAUCCGGCGGAAGACAGACGAGGAGACCCUGACCCUCCAGAAGAUGGUCACCGACUGGCAGAACUACUCCCGGCUCUUCAGCAGCCUGCGUGCCACCUCAGCCAGGACGGGCGAAGCGGUCAAGAGCAUCCAGGCCACCCUGGGCGCCUCCUCACAGCGCAUCAGUCAGAACUCUGAGAGCGUGCAUGACUUGGUGCUGCAGGUCAUGGGCCUGCAGCUGCAGCUGGACAACAUCUCGUCCUUCCUGGACGACCAUGAGGAGAACAUGCAUGACCUGCAGUACCACACCCGCUACGCGCAGAACCGCACUGUGGAGAGGUUCGAGACGCUGGAGGGCCGCAUGGCCUCCCACGAGAUCGAGAUCGGCACCAUCUUCACCAACAUCAAUGCCACCGACAACCACGUACACAGCAUGCUCAAGUACCUGGACGACGUGCGGCUGUCCUGCACACUGGGCUUCCACACCCACGCUGAGGAGCUCUACUACCUGAAUAAGUCUGUCGCCCUCAUGCUGGGCACCACCGCCCUGCUGCGGGAGCGCUUCGGCCUGCUCAGCGCCCGGCUGGACUUCAACGUCCGCAACCUGUCCAUGAUCGUGGAGGAGAUGAAGGCCGUGGACAUACGACACGGGGAAAUCCUCCGCAACGUCACCAUCGUGCGAGGCGCCCCCGGCCCUCCCGGACCACGAGGACUCAAGGGCGACACGGGUGUGAAAGGGCCUGCUGGCGGCCGAGGACCCAAAGGCGACCCUGGCAACUUGGGGCCCCCGGGACCUCAGGGCCCUCAGGGGCAGCCUGGGGACCCUGGACCUAUGGGGGAGAGGGGCCCCACUGGUCUGCGAGGUGUCCCAGGCUUCAAAGGCUCAAAGGGGAGCUUUGGAACUGGGGGUCCGAGAGGACAGCCAGGUCCCAAAGGGGACGUGGGACCCCCUGGACCUGAGGGGCCACCAGGGUCUCCAGGGCCUUCAGGGCCUCAGGGAAAACCGGGGAUUGCCGGAAAGACGGGGUCACCAGGCCAGCAGGGGCCCACGGGGCCUAAGGGAGAGCCCGGGAUCCAGGGUCCUCCUGGCCUCCCUGGGCCCCCAGGCCCACCAGGAAGCCAGAGCCGCUACUGAGGAGGGCCAGGGCCUGGACGCAGCCAAACAUGAUGCCAGGAAGAGGGCUCGGGCAGAGCGAGCCCCAGAAAGCUGCACUUACAGGUGUGGUGCUUUGAUCCUGAUGGGGACCCGGGCCUGUGCACAUGCACACACACACACACACACACACACACACAUCUCCCUGCUGGCCAGGAGGGCGACGGGCUUUUCCUGGCUGGGCAGGAGGAGAGGUCGGAGGCCCUGCCUCUCCCGUGAGAGCCCGCUAGGGCGGUGGCUACCUCGGAGGAAAGCCUUAACCGUUUCUGACUUGGUGACCAAGCCCGGUCUUUCCAGCACCUUCGCCCCCAUCCCAGCCGGCAGUUCCCCCAGACCCUCUGGUCACACAGACCCAGAAGAGCCUUUUCAGGGGAUGGUUCAAACUCAGGGGACAAGGUGUGUCUGACAGCCACGGCCCCCUCUUGUUGCCCUGGGUGCCGAGUCCAGGAACUGGCCCUGCUCACACAAGGCACGGGAGCCGCACCCCAGCACACACGGCGGCCCGAGAGUGUAGGGUGCCAGGAAAUCCCAGGCUCCCUUCUUGCCUCUGCCUCUCAGGAGCAUCCCGGGGUCCAAGCACACGCACAGGGACACUCUCCAGGCUCGACAGCACCCCGCCCAAGGGGCGCCGGCUCUUGGGAAGCAGAGAAGGGCACGGGGCCAGGUGUGCAGGUGCGGUGGCCCCGGGCCACAGAGCUGCCCGCUGAGGCUGAUGCUCCCUGCAGGGGCCGGGUCCCUCUGUGCUGGCCCGGGGAACGCCAGGCCGAAGGAGGAUGGACCCUGAUAACAGGGCAGCUCUCCCCUCUGACCCCCGGGCUCUCCUCCUGCCCACUGACCUGGGCCCACAGGAACCCCAAUGGCGUCCUGCACAGGCUGCAAGGCCAGAAGAGGAGGAGGGCCCGAACAUGCCCCGCAAACAGUCACUCUGUCCCUGUCCACCUCGACCCUCCACACACUGGCAGAGGGGACUCGGGCACCUCCCCGCCAAGGAGCCACCAUGACUCAAGGCGUUGCCCUGAGGCGCCAGAGUUCCCUCCCCUGGGAUGGGGCAAGCAGUUGCUUCCUCCCCACCGAACUCAGAGCCAGGCCUCCCGUCCCAAAGCCUGGAUGCCCCCUCCCUUCCUGUAAUAGACGUGCAACUGGUUUGCACGCCCACCCUGCUGCACCUCAUUCUCCCGUCCUCAUAUGCUUCCGUGGGACAUUGUAUUACUGACCCAGUAAACAGCUGUUUCUAGAAGGGAUGUGUCUUCUGGUCCUUCCUGCC